AUGCCAGCCUACGAAGUCGAGCACGUCUGCAAACUAUCCGACGACCAAAAAGACCAACUAGCCGAGGCAAUCACCAAAAUCCACAGCCAGCAGUUCUCAACUCCCAGACUCUUUGUCAAUGUUCGCAUAACAGAUAUCUCAAACCAGCGAACAUAUGUAGCAGGAAAACAGGUAAGCAACAACAUCCGAGGUCGUCGUGCGGGCAGCUCGGAAACUGAUAUGUUGUUUUCAAACCAGUUUAAUAGCAAUCGCAUCCUCGCUUAUGUACGACACGGCCCUUCACGCACGCAGUCUGACUAUGAUGCCGUGAGCAAAGCUCUUGAAGAUGAAUGGGUGAGGAUAGUGCCGGGGACCGAGCUUCGACUGGUCAUGUUUUACGGAGCGAUUGUUGCAGGCAUGGAAGCUGGAUUGUACUUGCCUCCUGCCGGACAGGAUGCCGCAUGGAUCAAAGAGAACUGGAACACAUUUGUCAAGAAAGCAGAAAGCGGUGAUGAGCAUUUUGCUGAGCUGAUAAAACAAUAUAGUUGA